GCGGAGACCGGCGCGGCAGGUAGUGAAGGGACUCCGGGUCUAGAUCACAGAGUUUAACCCUAUUGAGGAGCCGCAGACCUCCAGGAUCGACCCCCCCCCCCCCCCAGGACCGGCCCCCCGUUGCCCAGCGUCUCCGCGGGGCUGAAGGUCAGAUGUCGCGGCUGUCGCCCAUGUUUGGAACUUUUCGACCUCGUUGGACGAGUUCGACUUUACCCCAAGACAUUCCUGACACACUAAGACGUCGAUCCAAGCGGACUGGACCUUAUCUUACCUAACCCUUACCCUAACCCUUUCCUAACGCGGAGUAACUGCUGCUUGAAUGCCCCAUUAAGGGCAACAAACUCAAAGACCGGUUUGGCGUCCGAGGGAAAAGGAACAGGACUGCGGUGAGUUCCCGGGUCCGGGACUCGGGAACACAAUCGGGUUCCAACUUCGAACCUUUUUAAUAUCACCAGCGACCCGCCCAAGCCAUGAUAAAGCUCUGCCUACAGAGAGCUGCCCGACCGGCCGGCGCCCUCUGGACCCCGCUGACACCGGCCCUGGUCCUGGGGCUGACCCCGGGUCGGCUCCAGGUCGCGCCCCGACACGUGCCCGUCCGUCUGAUGGGGACGCACGGCAGGAAGGAGUCGAGGGAGACGCUCCGCUCCGCCGAGGCGGCCAAGGACUUCAUCCACCGGCUCCUACCCGGCGAAAGGACCCGCUUGCUGCAGGCGCUGCAGAGCUUCGAGUCCCUGGCCAGUGAUCAAGCAAACCAAGAAGCACCUCAACUAACCGGGCCGCAGAUCAGAUACGUGCUGCUCCACAACGCCAUCCCAUUCGUUGGAUUUGGUUUCCUUGACAACGCCAUCAUGAUCGCAGCAGGAACGCAGAUUGAGCUGUCGAUCGGGGUGACGCUCGGGAUCUCCACCAUGGCCGCGGCGGCCCUGGGGAACCUGGUGUCGGACCUGGCGGGGCUGGGCCUGGCGGGCUACGUGGAGGCCCUGGCGCUGCGGCUGGGCAUGCAGGUCCCCGACCUGUCGGCCGAGCAGCUGGACCUGUGGCAGACCAGGCUGAGCUCCCACAUGGGUAAGGCCAUCGGGAUCACCAUCGGUUGUAUCCUGGGGAUGUUCCCCCUCUUCUUCCUCGGUGACGACGAUGAGAAGAAGAAAGCCAAAGAAACGCCCCAGCCCUGACAGACGCACACACUACACUACACACCAGCAACACAAAAC